UGUCAAGCUUAUUACGCAGUGAAGCGUGAGUAAACAGUUGAACAUAUCGAGCAAUAUAACUGGUGGUGRACAUUAGAUCUAGAGUGAUGUAUACCAAAGAUCUGAAACACAAAUUCUAAGAUUGACAACUGCUGAAAAGAUCUAAUUAGAUACAUGUAGUACAAAGUCUGUUUGUCGAGAGACAACUACUUUAAUUGGAGCGAGGCUUAGACAACUCUCUUGAACUGAGGUGUCCCGAACAAGAAGCUGGAAAGCUUCURAACAAAUCAACGMGUUUGUCAAACAAAGUUACAGUGUGAAUCGGAGAGCAUGUCAUGUAAUAGAGUGACCUCAACAGGAAUUCUUUGGGCUCUUACAUCGGUACUAUGUGCCCUCUUAUGUUGYACAGGAUAUUAUCUUCCAUACUGGAUCAAGGGUACCACCCUUAACACUACAGUCUACCUUGGCGUGUUUCGUCGAUGUAACUAUCUUGUUAAAGGUGAUAAUGGGCUCACAUACGUGAAACAAGGCUGUGCGAGGUAUUCUUCUUUUAACGAUAUUCCAUCAACAGCAUGGCGAGCAUGUACAGUCCUUAUUGGAUUAGCAUGUGGUCUUCUUCUGUUAGUUUGUCUCACUKCUGUAGCGGCUUGCUGUGCUCGAGAUGUCAUCUCACGAACUUCAGCCAAAGUUGCUGGAAUUGUACAGUUCUUUGCAGCGUUCCUUCUGUCCAUUUCUUUGGCCGCUUACCCAUCAGGAUGGGCACACGUUGAAGUUAAGCAGACUUGUGGUCCCACUGCAGAUACCUAUCGUCUGGGUCACUGCACCUUCAGUUGGGCCUUCUUUGCCACGACAUUAGGGACUGCUUUGGCUUUUGUCUGUGUUGGUCUGUCCUUUAAAGUAGUCACUAAAAAGCCACGAGAUUCGAUUGAAAACUUUGCCGUCUGAGGCCACUCAAGCGUUCAUARGUAGAUUUCUUCAGAAAGUUUAUAGCUUUUUUGUAUUAUUCAAGAUAGUAUUCAGCUUUUCUAUAUGAUAUACAACAAGUGCAUAGCAUGUAUAUUAGAAAUGCUUUCCAUUUUUAUAUCACUUUUUUAACUUGCCAAAAGAAAAUGAUGCAAGACAAGAUACAAGAUCUUCYAUAAUCAAAGUAUGAACUUCACGGAAGUGAUUAUGGUAUUAUUUUAAUAAUCCAUCAAUCACCUCAAGGUUGUCAUUGUUUGAUAAAUAUAAUCUACAACAAACAA